CAAUCUCCUAAAUUAGAUUUGGUAUUAUUAGUAAGAACUAAAUUUAUUUCUUAGCACUUACCUAUUUAUGGAUAUGGAAAACUAGAAAUGUAAAAAUAAUCAAUUUUCCAUCCAGAUUUUCCAAAUUGACAGCAACCAGACUGCCAGACACAUUGCGUCCGGCUCUAGUAACUAGUAACUACUAUCUACUAACUACUUACCUAUAGAAUUUGAGGAUUAUGUUCUGGAAUUAAAAUAGUUGAAGGGAAACCAAAAAUUAAUUUUGUAAAAUAAAAUAUAUAUCUAAAAUGGACGAAGAAAUUCAAUUAAAAAAUAUUAAAGAAUUUUUACAAAACUAUAACAAAAUAACAGAUGAUUGUUUUUCACAAUGUGUGUAUACAUUAUCACAAAGCAGGUUGACGGGUGAAGAGGCAUUGUGUGCAAGCAAUUGUGUACAGAAAUCUAAGUUUGUUGAACAAAAAUGUAUGCAAGCAUUUAUUGAGCAUCAACAACAAUCAAUGCAAAAAUUUGUUGAAGAAUCUUCUCAAAAACAAGCCGAACAAGAAAAUACUGUUGUUGAAUCAAAUAAUUCCGAUACAGAAAACAAAGAAAUAGUUAAACCAGAAUUGACAAAGUAAAAAUUAGGAUUGAAAAUGUAAUGAGUAGGUUUAAAAUGAAUAAUUUAGUAUCUGUAUUCUGUAAAUAUAAUAUUAUUGUGAUAAUUUAUUGAAUAUAAAAUUAUAUAAAAACAAUAAUAA